ACGCUCCAGUUAAAACACUCGUGGAUCGAUUGCUCAGGACUGCCGCAUCCUUUCCCCCAAAAAGGCUGGCAUCUUCAAUAGACUCUCUCCCCUCCUCGCUCUUAACAGGCAAAAUGGAUUACUGAGGAAGGUAAAAGAAGCUGAAGGCUCAGAUAAUAUGAUGAUUCUAUGCUCAUGCAACAUCAGGACCCCCUCAUACUAUGAGGACUGGAUGAGGAAUCAAGGACAGAGGAAAGAGAGCUGAGUUGAUGGAAGGGAGACGGAACCGAGCCUUCCUUUAGCCUAAGUGCUAAAAGGGUCAAGAGGAUGAGCCAUCAGGUUUGCAUAAUGCAAAGUGUAUGGGGGCUUCUACUGUUGUGUCCCAUGUCGUGGGCAUCAGAGCCGAUAGUCAUGGAACUGGAAGCCUCCAUGCACUCCACUCUGCUCUCGGACAUGCAGGCAUCUGUAUCCAGAGUGUCAACAGUGUCAGACUCUGUUGCAGUGGUGGGCCAGAUGUUCAGGAUGAGGAUCCCACUGGUGUCAGAAGACUGCCGUGCCAUAGACAUUUUGUCUGGGAUUGGCAGUGCAGCAUUCCCUGAGUGGCUUUAUUGGGACAGUCAGCUAUGUCUUCUUCAAGGUCUACCACUAGAGGGGGAUAAAGGUCUGUAUCGUUUCAGCUUGUCUUCUGAAGCCUUACAAAGUCAUGACGGCAGUAUACAUAGUCACCUACUUCUCAGUGGAACCAAAUUGAGUAGUAGCUCUUACACUAACGCCCGGCAGCCAGAUGUCUUUGUUAUCACAGUAAACCCAGAAGAUCAACAGGACAUAGAAUCUGCUCCAGUGGCACUGCAGACACAGUCUAAUGCAACAAAUGCAUGUAUUUGUUCAAGUGGCCAAUCAGCCACUGUGUUAACUAUAAUCCUGGAUGCUGACCUCACAAAGAUGAACUCCAGGGAGCGACUGGUGUUGCUGCAGAAAAUGACUCACUUUGCUAAUGAGCCACCAGAGUUAAUGCGGGUCAUGCCAGUUAUUAACAACCGUUUUUUUGAUAUGACUGCUUUUAUGGCUGGACCAGGUAAUGCAAAGAAGGUGGUGGAGAAUGGCGCACUGUUAUCAUGGAAACUGGGUUGUGCACUUGACCAAAGCAACCUGCCUGAUAUUAGCGGGGUCCAGGUGCCAGCAAAAGAUGGUACUAUGUCAACUCUACUGGGUUACCCAGUGGUCGGCUGGUACAUUGUCAAUAAGAAACCUCAGGUGGUUAAGCGAGUCAGAAGACAGAUCCACAACACUCCAACACCUGUGCCUUCCCAGUUUCCUCCAACCACUCACUUAGUACCUGCAGAGCGUAUUGUGCCUGCUCCAGCAUCCCCUUUCAUUGCUCCCUCUACAAAUCUGAUGGUAAAUCCUGCUCGUGGCCCUUUGCCCUUACCAGUUAAACCUACUAUCCGUGUGCGGGAUCAGAUAGCUUACACACCUGUCCUGAACCAGCCUCUACCCACUCAAGUCCUAGGCAGUACCAGCACUCUCCCCUUGCAACCGACACUGACUCGCCCUGGUUAUGUGGAGCCUACUGCCUCUGUUGCUCCUCCAACCACUCGCAGACCCAAGACCUCCACCUCGAAAAAGGGUAAGAAAUCAAAGAUCACUCCAGUACCCAGAGAGCCAAAAACUACAGAUACACCUUCCAGGAGUCCACUGACUAACCAAAAGCCUCAGUUACAUAACUCUCUUGGUGAAGUGCAUGUGUGGGUUGGGACGUACUUUGAGGUGAAAAUUCCAGCCGAUACAUUCUUUGAUCAGGAAGAUGGAAACACAGAAAAGUUACGGCUAUUAUUGCAACAGAAUCUCUACCAGGCACUGGAUCAGGGCUCUUGGAUACAAUUUAACAGCAGCAGUCAGCUCCUGUAUGGCCUUCCUGACCAGAGCCAUGUUGGCAAACAUGAAUUUCUAAUGAUAGCAAUAGAUAAAGAAAAUUCAAGCGCCAUGGAUGCUUUUGAGGUUCAUGUAAAUCAGUGGCCAACUGAUGACCAAUCACCAGUUGUGUUUACUGCUCGCUUUCAAGGAGAACCUGAAAUGUUGAUCAACGAUAUCCACAAGAAAAUCCUAUUUUGCAAGAAACUUGCCUUUGCACUGGGUGAUCGCAACAGCAGUUCUGUCACUCUAAGAAAUAUCUCAAGGGGUUCUAUUCUGGUGGAAUGGACCAAUACCAGCUUGCCUAAGGAUCCUUGUCCAGCAGAACAGAUUCAGGAGAUGUGUCGCAGGAUUUCAGAUGCUCAAGGUCAUCCCACAUCCGUCUUUCACAGUGCAAUGGAGCCAGAGUUCAAACCCAUUAACGUUGGGGCUCGUGGUGCCAACAAAUGCCAAAGGUUCUCAUUUUUGCCACUAGCAGAGGUCCCCAUUCCUGUAUCACCAGAGAAUAUUUCUGUUCCUGUGCCAUCCGCAGUCACACCUUCAUCCAGCUCAGGCUGGCAUAACAGCGAUGAUGUCUACUUACACACAGUUAUCCCAUCUGUGGUGGUGGCUGCCCUGCUGCUUACAGCUGGUUUCAUUGCAAUGGUUUGCUACCGAAAGAAACGGCGUGGAAAAAUGACUACAGAGGAACAGGCCACCUUCAUCAAAAAGGGUGUUCCCAUCAUUUUUGCAGAUGAGUUAGAUGAUGCUAAAUCCCCACCCUCUUCCAGCAUGCCAUUAAUCUUGCGUGAAGAGAAGCCACCUAUGCCUCCUCCCCAUUACCCCAGUUCAGCCUGUGGAGAAAUCCAUCAAAUCCUAGAGGAAUACAUCUCCUUCAAUGAUGAUGAUGACCCCAGUGCUCCUCCUUAUCAACCUCCCCCUCCUUUUACAGUUCCUAUAGAAGGCAGGGGUUCUAGACCGAAGAACAUGUCAGCCUACAGGUGUCCACCACCCUAUGUGCCCCCUUAAUAGAAAAGUAGACAUCUCUCAACUGGUUCAUAGUAGACAUUUUAAUAAAAGACAUCAUAAUCCAAAUAUGGAAUAGAUGAAGUGACUGGUUUUGUGUGUAUGGACAAAGCCCUUGAUGUCAAGGCAUGCUGGAUUAUUGUUACUCUGAAUGACUGAGCAGUGCACUCAAAUCUACAAAACAUGGUAUUCUACAGGUCCAAACUUUACAAGACCUUACAUCAUUCUCUGAAUCAUUUGGAAUAUCUGACGCAGUUACUACAGAGCAGUAACUAGGGUCUACAGGUUCAGAAAGAAGUUAAAUCCUAUACUUGCUAACCGUAUUUGAAAAUGACAGACUGAAAUGCUCUGAAACAUCUACUGCCCUGGAAUGUCACGCAAUCAGACGGUAAGCUCCUGAGCAGAGAUGAGGCACUGCCUAAAUACAUUUUGUGUCUGUAUAGUUGAUGUUUCUGAUUUUUUAUAAUGAUAUUUUUUAAUGUCUUUACUUGCCUGGAAGCAACAUUUAUAUGGAGUAUUAUGUUUCUAUGUUAUGUAAAAUAAAAGCAAAUCCCCGGUUAUAUCAAUUUGAUCAUGAGCAGCGUUAUAAGCAGAUAGAGACAUUUGUGUAAAUGAUUAUUUCAGCCUGAUAUAGUAGAAUCUCUUUAACCUUUGUAUCAUUGCAGAUCAAAACCUACCUUGUCAUUAAAUUUGUUUAUCAAAGCACUGUAUAAAUUAAUUUGCAGAUUGAAGUGCCAGACUCUGUGAAAUCCUAUAACCACCAGAAUCUUUAAUCACAGGUUUUAGACAAUAGGUGAGUAAUUAACAAGCCUGCCGGCUCAUUGUAGCUGAUAAAUUAUCCAAACAUUUUUAUAACAGUGAAUUCUUUUGUUGAUCUAUCACCACUGUUAAAGAUGUUUCAGUUGCAUCCCAUUCUAGUAUGACCCUUUAUCUGCACUUAAGUUUUUUUUUUUUUUUUUUUUUUUUCCCCCCCUUCUUUGUUGUAUUGUGGCACUGCAUUUUGUGUUUGUAUAUAAUUGUGUGCUGGCUCCACUUGUGGGCUAAAAAUACUAGAACACUAGAAGUAGUAGAACAAAAAAGGGUUUUAUGUUACAAGCAUUUCUACGAAGUAUGAUUAUUAUAUUGUGAAACCAAAAAUGCAGUACUUUAGUGAAUCUGAUUUAACUGGAAUGUGCAUUAGCCUUGUGUUCUGGAUGUUUUAGAAAGACUGACAGCAGAAGGUGAUGUGUGUUAGCUAAAAAUACAAGAAUGACCACAUCAAACAACUGAAAUAAUUCAGUCUAAUGUUUUUGCUACUUUUUUAAUACCACUGAAAAAAUAUAUAUACAAAGUUAUAAAUGUGUGAGAACUGAUAUUGUGGUGAAAUAACAAUCGUGGCAGGCAAGGCUCUCCAGUAACUUGAUUUCUGCAGAAUAACACUGCAUCAACAUUGUUCAUGAACAUAAAUCACAAUGAAUAUUCAUUUAGUAUUCUAAACAAGUUGCAGGUGGUGCCAAAAGCUUUGGUUUACAACAAUGAUACCAGAUGCAGAGUACAACUCAGGAUGAACAUAUGAACUAUCAAACUACAAACAAUAAUCCUACCACGAGGAUGUAGAGAGUGGGGGAUUCCUUCAGCUGCAACUGCUAAUAUAAUAGUAAAAAAAACAAAGUUUUAAGAAUUGAGUCGAAGAUAUUAUUCCUCUUAUACCCCAGCGAUUUGCCACCGAUUAUCAUUUUAAUUUAUUAAUGAAGGACGCAUUGCAUUUUUUAACAGUUACAUUUAAUGGGCCUCAUUUAUCGAGCUGGAUACAAACUGUAUCCAGGAAAUUGUUCGGAAAUUGGAAAUUGUUCGUACGGGAAAUUGUUCGUAUGGGCAUUUACACAAGAAAUUUGGUAUUCAUGAAAAUCCUGUAAAUUUGUAAAAAUGUUUAUAUCCUACUUGUGCUACUGAGUGUGUAAAUUUAUGCAUAAUAAGACUAACUAAUGUAAACCUCAAAUUGAUCAACUUUAAAUCAUAUAAUGUGCAUGGAUUACUGCACUUUUAUAUAUGGAAUAUACUACAAGAUUUAAUCGCUUAUUUUUAUUACAUUUAAAGCAUUUAGCUGACGCCCUUAUGCAGAGCGACUUACAGAAGUGCUUUGUAGUCUUUAUAAAAAACGUACCCUCAUGCUAGUUCACUAGGGGACUAAGAAUACCAUUGUUUUAUUUUAUUGGCAUUAAUUAAAGAAUAUAAAAAAAAAUUAAGAAAACGAGCCAACACAAACCCAUGAGUUAAGACAAAUAAAACUAAUCAUUCAAUUACAAACAAAUGCCACAGCUGAAUGAAGAUUUAGUGCUUGCAUAUUAUUAUUAAUCUGAUAUAAUAUUAAAUAUUUUUAUUGGCAAAGAAGUGAAUCAAAAUAAUUUCCACUUCUUUUUUUUCCAGGCUUUACCCUGAUCGAUCGUUUCGUGCUCACAGCUGUCGUUGCACUUUUACAGAGUUUUGGGGUUGUCACUAAGUGCAAAUCAGCUGUGCCCUGCAUGCACUUGGUAAUAUACAGGUUAUUGGCAUUCCGCAACAUACAUACACACACGUGUACGGCGUUUCCAAAACUUAAAUACGUAAAUCCGGCGGAAAUUUUUAGUUGGGUUUGGUUUAUGCAAACAUUUUCACACAACUUUACUAAACAUCCAUGAGACUUGAGAUUCAGAGAUUUUGCGGUUUCUGGUUUCUCGCAAACGUAACAAGCUGCAUUCUUCUUUGUAUUAACUUAAAGAGAGAGAAAAAAUACAGGCUGGUAAAUGAUUGUACAUAGCUGCUAUAGUGUAACAGAUAACAGGAACUAACUCCUGAGUCACGAUGUUUACUGAGUGGUACAAAGCACUGACACUCGAGACUCCUACCAUAAAUGUUAAAUAAACGUCUAAAUAACAGAAAACCUCACCAUAUCAACCAUGAUAAGCUUUUCUUUGUUAAAUAACACAUUUUAAAUAACACAUAUACACAUUGUUUAUUAUUAGGCUUAGGUUAUAUGGAGAGUCUGCCAUAUAAGUCCCUGUGAAUGAGCUGUUAGAACAGGAACGAGAGUGUAUUAAGAUGAGGGCAUUAAUAUAAACCUGUCAUUUAUGUUGCAGUCGUAAAUGCUAUCAGAGCCGUGUUAUUGAAAAUUACACCUUCUGAUUCAAGAAUUUAGUCUCGCUGUGGUAUGAUUAUUGUAAUCAACAUACAUUCUCUGUUAAAAGACUUGACUAUCAUCCGGGUAUGACAUCAUAGUGCACAUCUCAUAAAAUUCCAGCACACCCCCCCCCCCCCCCCCCAAUAUAAAACACCUUCCUGCGUUCCUGUUCUACAACAAUCAGCAUGCCUUGUCUACACCAGUAUCAAAUCUUCCUAGCAAUACCUGUUUCUCACAAAUUAGCACAGGUCUACAUUUUCAAAUUAUUUUACCCAUAGAGCUGUUUUAAAAUUAAUAUUGUUGAAAUGGUCAUUUGGUGAAUGUAAUCUUUUCAUAUUGCAGUUGGCUUCCUGCAUUUUGUCUUUAUAAUCUGUGUGAAACAACGUAUAUGGGAUGGCACAGAAUAAGCAGUCUGUCAUUACCUGUUAUAAAAAUGUUAUGAAAUAUAAUCAGAUUAUUAUUAUUAUUAUUAUUAUUAUUAUCUGACAGUAUAUGAAUGAGACAUUGAACAUCAUAUUUCUACUAGAGAAAAAUGCUGCAGAUACAUUGUGAGGUUACAUAAACAGAAAGGACAAAACACAAACCAUGACAACAGAAGCAAGAAAAUGAAUCAGGAAGGACAGAAUGAAAAGAUCCUCAAUAGUCUAAACGCCACCUUAAAACAGUGGUGUUAAGAGACGGACUAUAAGAAGAUCUAAAAUAAGCUAUUGAAAUGUCUUGUGGUGAUGCAUCUAGGUAUGAAUGAACACAGGAAUGACUGAUACACUCUUCAGUGAAUAAGCAGUGUAUUUGUUAUGGGGUUCCUGGCAUGAGGUACUCUAGAACAGUCAAUUGUGCCUGUUUAAAGACAAAGAAAAAUGUAAACUAUUACUUUCUCAAGUUCUGUUUUUAAGUUUAAUUUUUUUUUUCUGUUUUCCUUAUUACAAUAAUUAGAAUAAUAGACAAAUAAACAUUUUAUUCACA